CUAAGGGUCGAACUAGGCGUCGACGGGGUCUAAUGAUGUAGUUUGGUGGUGGGUGUCCGGGAUUCGAUGUGUGGCGAUCGAGGGAUUCCUGCCACCGUACGGCGAGUGUGGCCCAGGUUCGAAUCCCUCCACAUGGCCGAGCAUGUGAAGAGUAAAUGUGAUAAUGGCUGGAUGAUCCUGGUCGGCACAGCUCAGCUGGGAGGUUGACAGGUUAGAUGUCACUUGUCAGUCCUCGUCUCGUAGAUAAUGGAAGAGGAUAGUAGAAUAUGUGAGCCAGGCCCAAGCCAAGGGUUUUCCACUGACAGAAACAGGGUUCCUAUCCCUGCUACACAAGAUAUUCCUCCAUCCAGGCCGAUAGAUGAGGAAGGGGAGACUGAAUAUGGUGUUCGGCGAAGUAUAAGCUGUUCUCAGUUGGCUGCGUGGAAUUCCCAACUCUGUGAGAAAAACUAUGUGAUUUGUCCUGUAAAUAAUUGUGGCCUCAUGUUUCAUGGUGUUCCGCAGAUUCAGAAUCACUACGUCAACUGCACUGGGAGAUGCAACAGUGCCAUGCUGAAGUGCAGCAGAUGCCAUGCUGUAGUUGCAGUGGAUCAUUUGUAUCAUCAUAUGAAAGCCAUGCAUCAGUUAGAACCAUCUCGGCACCCAAGCAGUGAUUCAAGCAGUAGCGAGGUUGCUAGAGCGACAGGUGCGAUAGAAGGAAAUCGGUCUAGUCAGAAGGCCGGAAAACCUCUCUUACCUUCUUCAGCUGCAUCUUCUGGAGCAACAGCAGUAGUAUCUGAGGAUGAAGAUGGGAGAGAUUUUCAUCGAUAUUCUACUUUGGGGACAUCAAAGCUGUGCCCACCCUCAAAGUUGCAUCAUGUUCAUGAGCAGCUGGAGGUGCGGUGGAAACAGGACAUCAUUACAACUGGUUGUGCUACGUGCCCUGUGGAAGGUUGCCAUCUCAAGUUUCCAACUGUCGAUGGUAUUUGUCUCCAUUUUCAGCAGUGUUGUAGAGGUUUCAAACCACAAGAGUUUGUAGUGUGUAAAUUGUGUAAUAAGAAAUUUGCAUCAACUAGUAUGCUGGAUGAUCAUAUUUAUCAUAUCCACGUAGAGGGUAGACAUAAAAUUCAAAUACACAAUUUAAACUCCAGUAUACCUGAUUAUAGUAUAAGGAGACGUGUUAUGAGUGAAGGGGAUGGUGUAGACAGACAACGGGGAACUGAUGCACCACAAAUGUAUAAUUCUCAGCGUAUGGAGGAAGAACUAAACCUUCAGCCAGAUUCUGAUCAUCAUUGCAAUCAGAGAAAGGUUGCGUACGUGAGAUGUGCAAACAAUGAACACGAUCCGUCGGUUAAUUGUUGUGUGCCGCAACACCAAGGUUCUCGAACUCAUUAUCAUUUGUCUAAGAAUCAGGCAUGCCCAAGAGAACUAAUGGAUGGAGAACAAAGUACAUAUCAUUCCCCUGUAUCACAUUAUUCAUAUUCUACACCCAAGCAGUUAAGGAUUGUUGACUAUGAUAAACAAAGAAUCUUUGAAGGAGUUAAAGCAUUUGAUAGCUCAUCUGCAUUCCACAAAGUGAGAGAUAGAAGUGAAAGUGAACAGUUAAUUUCUUUACAAUUUGGUAUGAAUUCUGAGGAACCCUCAAGAUUGUCAAAUGAAGGCAGUAAUGUUUUCCAUGGAAAAGAGGAUAUUGGAGAAAAAAUAACUUCCAAUAAUCCAUGUUGUAGGCCUCCUGUACAGCCUAAUAGAACAUCAUUUAUGCAAAGCGAUGAUUGUUCACCAAUUUGUCCUAGUACAUCAGGUAUGAAACGCAAGUAUGUGGAACACCAUGGAAAUUUGCAAGAGUCUCAUAAAAGUAGAAAAAGCGGUUCUAAAGUUUCAUGUACUACAGGUUAUACUAGUGAUGAGAGUGAGGAAGAUGGAAGGCAGCUUCUGAAUCGUGACUCAAGAUCCCAACGUUCCUCGCGAAUGCGGUCCUGUCCUAGGUCACACAUCAAAGCAGAGAUUUUUGCCCAAGGGGGAAGACCAUUGCAGAAAUCUCAAAUGCCUUCUUUUCUUGGCCUGUCUAAGAAUGAAAGUACGUCUGUAUUUGAACGAUUUAGCUUGCCAGAGAAGUCACAAUUUGACCAUGAUAGUAUAAUGCCAACUGUAACUGGCAGUGCAUGGGAGGAAGAGGAGGAAGAUGGGUUCUUUACUUCACCUGUUCGUAUAAAAAAGCGGCAGUUAGCAGAGAGAGCACAGCAGCUUCAAAGAGCAGAAGCUGCAGUGAAACGGCAAGAGGAAGAGGCUCAAGAGCGCACAUGGCGUGCAUUACAUGAGCAAGAAAUGGCAUUGAAGGAGAAAGAAGAGGCAUUAAAACAACGGGAAGCAGCUGCUCAAAAGAAAAUCGAACAGGCAUCAAGACUUAUUGAAGAGUCUCGGAAGCUUGGAGAUUCAAAAAAGUUUAAAGAUGACAAAACUUUUGUAAAUGCUCGUCCAGCUUUUUUGCAUCCUUCAAGCAGAAGAGCAUCUUCAUCAGGAUCUUAUCAGACUGAUUCUGCACUGAACAAUCCAGAGAACAAAAGUGGCAUGCAUAUUGAUAUUACUAAGCAUAUAGGUAGCUCAUUGGAAUUUGGUGAUACCACCAACUUAAUGUCUACUGAUCACAAUACAAUUAUAAAUCCCAGUACUUCACAUAGUGAAAUGUCGGUAAAGAUGGGAAUAUUUUCUCACGGGUCUUCUGUUGCGGAACCACGGGGCUCAAAAAUUAUCGCCUCCAGUAACCAACAACAAAGAUUGGUCGAAAGCCAUUCACUUGUGUCUUCAUCCAUUUCAAAAAUAUCAUCUCUGCAGAAAAUAAGUGAAACAUCAGUUAACAGACAUCAUAAUACUUUUGAUUUAAUGUCACCUUCAGCCAAAUUUAUUUCUGAUAGUAAAUCUGUUAAUAGGAAGAAAAGGAAUGUAAAUCCAUGGGAAUUAAGUGAAGCCAUACCUAGCAUAGAACCUUCAAAAGUUGUUAAAACCUAUUCUCGUGCAAAUAGAUGCCGCAGUGUAACGGAAGCCUCGGAAUCUGUAGCCUUGUCAUAUUUACAAACAGAAGCUCACAUGCCUCCUUGUUCUCAAAAUGUGGCUCCUAUAAGCCAAACAUCCUUUGCUACAUUAUCAGUCUUGACCACUCCAGAAAAUAAUGGUGAAACAGUAAUUAAUGGGGGUGCCACAGUUACAAUUACACCAUUAACACCUGAUGACAGGCCAGCAAGGCCUUAUAAUGCAAUGCCAAGUCUACAGUCUUCAAGACUUUUUGGAAGGUCAGACACUUUUGUUGUGCCAAGAUCACAUCCUGCACAGUCUUCAGUAAGCAAGAUCACUCUUCCAGUGUCAGUGACAGUUAUGGUAGAGUCACACCACAAAUCUUUACCAACUUUAAUGCAGAAUAACGCUUUAUCUGAAUCUACAAAAUUGCCGAAUCAUAUAAAUAUAAAAUCUGCUUCAUCUUACACUGUCCAGCCUAGUUUAACAUUAAGUAAUGCAAGCUCAGCAGGAAAGCUGCCAGCAUUAUCAUCCAUGCAAGUAUUUUCUCAAAGUCCACAAUCUUUUCAGUCAAAUCAACGCUCAAAUAAAGGGUAUAAUUUGUCCGUAACAACUCUUCAAGGCAUAUCUAUUCCAGGCCAUGAUGAAAGUAACCAUCACAUUACCGACCCUGCUCUAUCAAGUGUAACCAUUAGGAACUGUGAUGGAUCUCAGGCUGAAGCAUACUCCAACUCAAACGAUAAUUCCCAGCUAUCGUGCUCCUCACUUUUAUCUUCUGAAUCACAGAAUAACAAGUCGAGCACUAAAAAUGCCAAGAAAUGGAAUGUUAAUUUAGGAAUUUCAUCAAAAACAUCAUUUCACUUUUCUCCUACUAUAGACAGCAGAACCACUGGUGUCAAUGAGCAAGUCGGUAAAGAGUCCCCAAAAGAAAUAUUCCUUUCCAAGCCGUGUGGAUCCAACUCCGUUAUAGACCAGUCUUUUGAAACAAUGGAAAGGAGUUCAUUACAUUCCUCUCUUGUAGAUAAACUGGAUUUGACAUCAGUGGGAAAAAAUUCAGCUUUGACUAAUGAUGAAUCACAACCACCUCACUUUUCACUUCAUAAUUUAUGCCCCCAAAAUUUAGCUCCUUGCCCAGAAAAAUUUGUACAUCACAAAGAGAACCUUUUACUUCAACCAGCAUCACAGGUAUUACCCCCAAGAUCAUCUAUAACACACCAAGGAUUGCUAGUAUUGCACAAAGACUUGCCAAAAAUAAAAACAGAAUCUAUAGAAUCUUACACUAACUCACAAGUAACAAACACAUACACAUUAGCAACUUGCUCUGACUCACUAACACCACAAUCAACAAUAUAUUCAGAAUGCCUAAUGGUAUGUCCAUUAUCUUCAAAACAUUCAGGUUUACCAACAACAUGCCCACCAUCACCAUUAUGCCACUCUGCAUCACCAAGACCGCAUUCAGCAUUGUCAGCACCAUCCACUGCAUUGCAUCUACCGCAACCGGCAUCACCACCACCGCACUCAGAAUUGCAUCGACUUCAGUCAGCAUCACCAUCAUCUCACUCUGGAUUGCAUCCACUGCAGUUGGUAUCACCACCACCACACUCAGCAUCACCACCACUGAUAUCAGCAUUGCCUCCAGCGCACUCAGCAGUGCCACCUCACCCAGCAUCACCACCACAGCAUUCAACAUCGCCGCCACUGCAAUCGACAUCACCACUGCCCCUGGCAUCGCUGCCGUUGCACUCAGCAUCGCCGCCACCACAAUCUGUAUCAUUGCCAUCACACUCAACGUCACCUAUACCGCACAUGGCAUCACCACCACUACACUCGACAUCAUCGCAGCCCCACUCUACAUCAUCAUUACAUAACUCUGCAUCACCACUACCAUAUUUGGCAGCACAGACACCACCAGUGUUAGUGUCAGCAUCAUCAGCACUGCCCUCGUCAUUGUCAAAACUGCUCUCAGCAUCACCAACACUGCCUUCGACAUUGUCAUCACCGCCCACAGUAUCAGCAACAUCACAUCCACCAUCGCCAUUAACACACGAAGCAUUGCCAGUAGCUCACGAAUCAUCACCAAUAGCACGGGAAGCAUCAUCAAUAGCUCACGAAUCAUCAUCAAUAGCUCACGAAUCAUCAUCAAUAGCUCACAGGUCAUCAUCAAUAGCUCACGAGUCAUCAUCAAUAGCUCACGAAUCAUCAUCAAUAGCUCACGAAUCAUCAUCAAUAGCUCACGAAUCAUCACCAAUAGCACACGAAGCAUCACCAACAGUUUCUGAAUACCUAACUUCACAUCCAUCAAUAUUGUAUAUGCAAUCACCAAUACAAGAACUAACAUCAGUGACUUCUCAUUCAACAUCUUCAACUACUUCAGCAUCAACAUUGCAAGCUGCCUCAUCAGCAACCUGCCUUUCACCCCUUGCAGUCCAUACUUCAGCAGUCAUACCAUACCAGUCAUCAUUUACACCUUACCCUGAAUCAUUAACAUGUCAACGCACAUUACCAGCAUCUUAUACAGUGUCGUCAUAUCUUGACACAGUAGAAGUUUGCACUAACAACCAGGCAUCAUCCACAUGUUAUUCAUUGCCAUCUCCCUCUGGCAACGUACAGGCAUUGCUCCAAACUACUACAUGUUAUCAGGCAUCCUUGCCAUCUCCUCUUUGUGUAUCUUCACCUGUACCCAUUGGUAAAGCCACGUUAUCUCUUGAGCCAUCUCAUUUUUCACAUUCUGCAUUGACUGAAACUCCUCAGAAGUCUCCUGUGUCUAUUCAGAUGUUAACAUCAUCUUCAGUAGAAACUCGUGAACAUAAACAACUGGGUGCAAUAAGUACUGAGGAGAAUGUUUUAGUGGCUAGUAAGACACCAUCAUCAAACCUUCAAGAUUUAUCAGUGCCUAGCAUGACAUCAGUAUGUUGUCAUAAGCUCCCUACAAGCUGUGAAGCUAUACCGAAACCCCAACAGUUACAGGCAGUUAAGCAGUCAUCAGAGAUACAACACACUGUAUCACAAGAACCACCAAUUAAUGCACAGCAUUUGCCAGUUGCACAUGUACAUCAACAGGUAAUGGAGCUUCCAUAUGAAGACUCUAAGACAAGUUGUCAGGCUUCUGAAUCACUACAGCAAGUGAUGCAUUUACCUCAGCAUGGACCUCAAGAUGCUAUGCAAACAACAACGUGUACUGCAAAUUUCAACUCAAGUGAUGUCAGUGUAGCCAUGCCAGACCUUGUUGCUCCACAGAUUUUGGGUGAAUUUGACCCAUCAACUGGGACAUUCACCAGUAAUAAUCCAGUUUUCUUGCAAUCCAUUCUUACUACUAGUCUCAACCAGUCUUCCAGGUCUUCAGCUGCUAUGAAUUCGUCUACGAAUUCAACUGGUCAUUUGACAUCCUAUUCACCCAAUGUUAAGCACGUCAGUGUGCAAAUACAAACUGAAGAUUUUAUAGAGGAUGCUGACAAAAAAUGUACAUCUGAUUCUCUAGACAAUAAGGAGAAGAUCUCUAACAAUGAGAAUACAUUAUCUAAAACUAUUACUCAUCCAGCAAAAAUUGAAGAACAACAGGAAGAAAUUUUACACGGUGAAGCAGGUGAGUUGUUAAAGACUAAAAACAAUUGUCUAGAUAGCAUUCAUCAUGCUCCUGGCACAAUCUUUGCUUUGGACAACAUCAAUGGUUCAUUCUUUGAAGAAUCUAAAACUACAGUGGAAACACCUGCUAAUAUUGAAGAUUCAUUUUCUGUAAAUGAUUAUUCUUUUCACCAGGAAGAAAAUCCUUCUGAAGAUAUGGAAGAGAUGUAUGAUUCAACAAUGUUGGAGGAAAGCUCUAGCGAUUCAGAGGAACUGCAGGGAGAAUCUACCAACAUGUUAACAAACAUUAUUGGUCUUGGAACCAAGAAGGAAAACUUUGAAGGAAGAAUGGAUAUUGCUACUGAAAUAAUAAGUGGAGAAAUAGAUCAAGAUGAAAUACUCGAAACAAAGCAUAUAGUCGAUAAGCCUCUGAAUGAAAGUAGAACUGCCCGAAAAAACUCUCAGAUGAGUGAGGUCACUAAUGAAAUAGAUCAUAUUGACAUGAAUGCAAAGAAAGAACCAGUCUUGGGAAUUGUUUCAGACAUUAAUGUAAUGGAUGAAACAGCAGCUAAUGAAAUUACCAUGGGAUCACACUCUAGCAGUGUCACUGUCAAUAGUAUCCCGGACGGUGUAGCCAAGGUUUGCAGUUUACAUGAGCUUGCUCAGAUGGCACAAGUACCUGCAAGGAAGGCAUCUGCUACAAAAAGUAAAUCUGUGGUGGUAGAGAAGAAGUCAUGUGGCCCAAGCACAAGAAAUAAGAUAAUAAAACAAGAAAUCAAUGUUAUUGAAGCACAAGAAAUAGAUGUGACAAAAAAUAAAACAGGGGUGAAUACAGAUAUAAGUAAUUCAUCUGUGUUUAAAUGCCCAGAUGUAGGCUGUCCUAAUGAUACCAGUUUAAUUGACAAAUCAGGAUAUCAAAUUGAUUCAGAAGAUAAUAAUUUGGAGGAUAAUGACAUUAAAAUAACAGAAAUCCAGUCUGUAACUAACGAGGAAGUGAAUACAACUGGUUCUGGUGUGGUCCUUGAUGAUGCAAAUCCAAAUAUAACUUCAGAAUUGGAGACACAAGGAAUGAAGUCAGUACUGUUUGAUAGGUCUGAAAACAUACACCCAUUAAAUUCGAUUAUAACAGAAAGAAUCAAAUUGGGGCAUGAUGAACAUAACUUUGAUUCAGAGGAAAUUAUUCAUAAUUUUGAGGUGGUCUCAGAGCUACCAGUUGAACAUAGUAGCAACAGAUACGAGGAGGAUGUUACAAGUGGAACAUUUUCUGGAGUUGACCAUGGAGAUAGUAACAUUGUUUAUUUACUGUCAGACUCGCAAGAGUUUGAGGUACCUAAAAUUACCUCAAGACCUAGAGGGAGACCUAGAGGGAGACCUAGAGGGAGACCUAGAGGAAGAGCAAGAGGCAGAGGAAGAGGCAGAGGAAGGGGAAGGGGAAGAAGAAAAUCAGAAGUUGAUGACACAUCUGUUCAUACUUCAAUUCUCCAUGACACAGCUGCUCUCUCGGGAAUAAACUGUAAUGAGAGAGAAAGUAACCCAUGUGAAAGUGAUAAUGUAAAUGUGAGUGUUGCAUAUGAAAUGGCUGAAAGGGUUCCCCAGAUAACUUCUUUUCAAGAAAAUCCUUUGAAUGAUCAAGACAAUAAUAAAAUAUUACCAGUCUCCAUAGAUGCUGCUGAUUUCCUGUUGUCUCCAGAAGGUGUUAGUAAUGAAAGUUUGGAAAAUUCAGAAGAACCUUUUCAGAAUCUUGAGGAGAAAAACAGGAAUCAAUCUAUUAAAAAUAGUAAUACUGAUGAAUCAGUGGACAUGCUAGAAAAAGUUGAACCUGUUUCACGUGGUGGCCGAAAACUGAAACUUAAAGAAUGGUGGACUGGUGUCGUGACUGAUGCCACAUCGCCACGCGCUAAAACCAGUGUUGGACACAGAUUUUCACCACAAACAUCUGUAAGGGUUGCAAGAUCCAGAGACACUUUAAUAAAGGCUGGUAAUGCAAAGAAAAAGGGGUCAUUGGAUUUCAUUGAUACUGGAGAGGAAGAAUCUAAAACAGCAUGUCAGCCGGAUGACAGACUUCAGACCGACAUGAGUGUAUUGGGUAGCAAGGAUGCUACAUUUAAUAAUUUCUCAGACAUUUCCACAUGUGAACCUGAUACUGCAGAUGUUUCUAUGCAAAUGACAUUGGAACAUAAUAAUGCUAAUGUUUUCAAGUCAUUGAUUCUGGGCGAGUCUCGGGAAACAGAGGGAAUAGAAGAUAAAGGUGCAUUGCCCACCGCUUGUAAAAAAAGACGUGGCAGAAAAAAGAAUUUCUUUUUUAAAUCUCUAAAACAGAAUAAGGAGAAAAAAUGUUCUAAUUCAUCACUUAAAAUGGAUGGCGAGGUAAAAUGUGGUAAAUGUGGUUUUCUCUGUAAUUCUCUGCAGAAAUUCCGCUCACAUGCUCAGAGCAAUCACAAUGGGUUAGCAAGGCCUGAUGGAGAGAGUCAGGAUUUUACUGAAGAUGAAGCUAAAAAUAUAUAUUUCACUACAAUAAAAGAAGGUAAAACUCUUAAGUGUACAAAGUGCUUAAAUGAAUAUCGAUCUCCUGUAGGUUACAUGAAACACAUAUUACAUUGUGGGGUAAGCCAAGAGGAUCUCAAUAUUCCUUGUAAAAUAUGUAAUAAGAAAUUUCGAUAUUACAGUUUGGACUUGCACGUGAAAAAUAAACACACUGAUAAAAUAAAAGAGCCCAAAAAGACUACAAGUUCUACAGCUCCAGGGUUAAGACCAAGACGCAAAGCAGCUUCAAAUUGCAAUGUUAGGUUGCAAGUCUGGCAUUCCAACAAACCUGGUGAGGGUGGAAGUUGUGUGUCGGAUACUGAAUAUGAUUAUCAAAAAGAGCUCAACCUUUCACAGUUUUAUUUAAAGCUAAAUGGAACUAUUCCUGAGGACUGCAAUAAAAGAUGGAAAGCUGACCUUGCUCGUGAAGGAAAAGCAACUUGUCCUAAUGAAGGAUGCACCUUUACAUUCAAAACAAUUUAUAUGGGACACAAACACUUCCAGAAUUGUCCUUUCUUGAGUUCUAGUAAAACAUUCAGUUGUAAAAUUUGCAGCUUUGUUUCAGUAUUGGAAUGCGAUAUUAUAAACCAUAUAACUUCAGAUCAUGCUGAUGAAUUUUCAAGAUCAUUUGAAGGAAGUGAUGUUGAAACAUCGGAUGAUGAAUAUGAUAGCCCACGAAGGGUACACAGAAAUGGCUCGAAAGUAACAGUAGGACAACUAAAGCCAUUUCUACUUUCACUACAUUGGACAUUGGAAUUUUUGAAUGCAACUGUUUCAGAAAAGCUCUUUUCUGAGUUUUCUGUAUUAAGGGGGAAUUGGACCAUACUCCAUGAGCAGGUAGCUGCAAAAUAUUUACCAUCAAUUCAUUGUAGCCCGAAAUUUAAGAUUCACACGGUGACUGACAAUACAGAUAAUUCUGUACAAGACUGGCAAGAAUUAAAUCAGUUCGAGGGAAGCAAACAGGGAAAGGGGUAUGCCAUAUUUUGUGGUGGACCUGUUGUAGCAUCUGCAUGGUGCCCGCAGCCUUCAUUAGUCUCUCUCGCUUCGGAUACGCAGUACUUGGCUGUGUCCUCACUCCCCUCACCAGAAAAUACAUAUCACAUUAUAAAAUCAGCUGUUCAUGAAGGACUGAUACAGAUUUGGGAAUUCUCGUGUCCCAAAGAAAAUGGAGAGCAAACUGCCAAGUUUUUGUUUGGUAUUGCACAUGACUUUGGAAAUGUGUGGUCACUCAUAUGGUGUCCAUCGGGUUCUUUUGAAUUAAGUGAUGAUGCAUCUGUAGAUAAAGAUACCGUAUCAAGAUUAGGUCUCUUGGCUGCAGCUUGUUCUGAUGGAACUGUACGUAUAUUUGCAAUUCCACAUUUUAGCAACACUGACAUGUCAAAGUCAAGGAUAUACAAGGCAUUACCAAAAGCAACGUUAAGCCCAGGCAAACUGUAUAGAGAUGGAGCCCAGUGUCUUAAAGUUGAUUGGUGUCGUGGGAAAGGACACGCUUUCAUUGCUGGAGCUCUUUCAACUGGUGUUGUGUGCAUUUGGGAUGUGAGUUGUUCAUCUCCUUUGGUGAAAGUAAUAGAUAUUCAAAAUAAUUUUACGUUUUAUCCUGUGAAUUCUUUUCUGGCACACAAUGGUGUCUGCUCUGUAGUUGCAUUUUGUCCCACUACAGAUGGCCGAAAUCUGUUAAGUGGCGGUAAUGACCGAACAUACAAGUUCUGGGAUUUAGAGGACACUGAAAUGCCUCUCAGUGUUACACGUAAAGGACUGGUAUUAGAUGCAGUGUGGCUACCUCAUUGGGCUGGUUGCUUUGUUUCAUUUGAUGAUGUUUAUGGUCUUGCAAACACAAACACUUGUUUUCGUGAAAAUGGUUUCUUUGGUAUUCAGUCUCGUAAUGUUCUUUCGACCAAUGCACCAGUGUGGUCUCUAACUGGCUCUGAUUGGCUAAAUGCAGUAGCUCAGGGAGAUUCUGCUGGUGAAGUUAUGAUCACAGUUCAACAGCAGCUUUUUAAAAACUAUGAAAAUGAUAAAUUUCCAUCAAAGCGAAAGUUUCCUGUUUUGUCUGUGCAUAUACAAAAUAUUUCGCAAGCUUCCCCAAUCUCUUUUCGUUAUAGUCAUGAUUCAAAACAGUUGGUCACCCCUGAAAAUUUGGAGGCCAAAGCCUCUAAGAAAACCAAAAAGCUUAAGGUAGGGCAAGAUGAGAAAGACUCGGUAGAAGAGGAUGGUCUUUGUCCAGCAUCUUACACAGAAUGGCCAAGAACGUAUCAUGAAACAUUGAAAAGUUAUGGUCUUGUGUUUGUUGAUCAAGAGACUGAAAAUAUUUCUCAAAUCCCUGAUGGUGAAAUGGCAAAGCGGAAGCGAUCAGAUACCAUGGAACCAGGUCCAAUUGCUUGCUAUCCUAUGAUGGCAGUCACUUCUGUUGCUUGGAAUAAUAAUAUUGGUGCUUGCACCUGGAUGUUCAUAGGUACUCAAUCAGGACUUUGUAGACUAGUAAAUGUAAAGGCCUUGAACACUGAUGAAGGAAGAGAUUUCAUUAGUGAUACAUGGGGGGAGGGGGGGAAGAUGAAGGGAUAUAAUCUAUGAUCAAGUAUGCGAUGCAUUUUCUUUAGCAUGUUUGUAGUCUCAGGGAUGCAAGUUUCAUUGCUCAGCAUCACAUUUUUUUUUUAUUCUGAGCCAUCGUAAAUAAAUACGAAGUGCUGUGGUUUGUCGCGCAUUUUCUUGUUGAAUUAUUUAAACAAAGGACACGCAUGUAUUUUUAAUAUACAUUCCUUAUGUUUUAUUAUAUCAUACUAUAUUUAAAUUAUAGAAAAGAUUUUAUGUUCAAUCAUUUUAUCUCUUUUGUUAAGAUAUUUGUAUUGACAAUCUCCUUAAGUUAUUUAAGUUUGUGUAGUGUUUUGUUUGUUUUAUUUACUUAUUUUUGUUAUUGUUAUUAUUUGUUGUUUUGGAACCAGAUAUUCAUUGCUUUGAAUGCUCAAAGACACUCGUGAAACAAGGAGCUAGUCUUUUGAAAGUCAUGGAAAACCCAAAAGUAUCACAUUACCAUCUUUAUAUACAGUAGAGUACUGUGUGUGUGUUUGUGUGGAGGAUGAAAACUUAUAACAUCCUCCUUGUACCACACACACACACACACACCACCACUAGUGCAAUGCAAUUGUAGGGACCCAUAGCCUCAAAGAAGAAAAUAAAGAGAAUUCAGAGAAGACCUUGUGGAUUCCCUGUGAUAUACAGUAUAUAUAUAUAUACGUAACUUUUAUUUUCUCUUAAUAUUCACCUUUUAUAACCAAUUAGAUACGUUAAUGUGUAAUCUUGUAUAAUAAAAUAUACAACAAGGGAACACUCAUACGUCAUUAAUAGUCACGAAUUCGUACGUACUUAACUUUUAGAUACUAGUAUACUGACUAGUAGGGAAUUCCUUUAAAAUAAAUGAAGCUAAAAAACAAACUUAAAUAUUCUUAGGCCUAAUAUAGCGCACACAUAUUAUAUUAGGCUUCAAAUAUCGUAUAUUAGGCCUAGGAAGGUUUGGUUAGUUUAGUUUGUUAAAGCAACGCAAGUAAAAAAAUAGGCUUCCAGUUUGUCAAACUCAAUAGUUUUCAUUUUGUUCUUUCUAAUUUCGUUGUACGUCAGUAUAUAUACUAUGGUCCUCAUUGUUACUAUAAGUACUACCUAAACAGGAGGAUGGACUGUUAUAUAGAUAAAUAGAUAGAUAUAGGGGAGUACCACCUCUGGUUGCAUUUGUAGGGACCCUCGACCUCAAAGAAGACGAUAGGUAACAUCCGGAGGAGCCUUGUCCAAUUGUCCACUCACUUACACUCACACAUUGUCGUCUCCUACCUACCAUAUAUUGUGUAUUUUGUAAUUAUAUUUUAUAUGAAACUUUAUUACACUAAAGGGGUUACAACAUUGGUUACAUGCAAGGUAUAAGGCUAGUUGUCACAGGUUUUCUAAUUCUUCCUGCUCCUCAGAUGGAGGGCAGGAACCAUGGAUGCAGUGUGUAUUUCCUCUCUGUAUCGCCACACUAAGGCACUGAAAGAGGAAACUGGGGACUCUAGGGGUCUCUUGUUGUUUCAAUUACCUUAGAACCCAGCUCCUUCAAAAAACUUGCAGCAAUUUUACCCCAGGCACCAAGUGUCUCUGAGACAAUGGGAACAAAAUUGUAAUGGUGAUCAAGUUCUCUGUAUUUACAAGACUUGGCUGCUUCCCAGUGAGUUGCAGUGCUGCCCGAAUGGGCAACACUGAAGUCAACAUAGGUCUUGGCUAAAAUUGAAAUGCACGUGUAGCCCACACCAACUGUCUACCAUUCUUCCAGGGGUUCACUGUGAUCCCAUCUGGGUGACCAACAGGCUCAUCAGAGUUGCAGGGCAUUAAGUAAAGAGGUUCUCUCUCUGCUGGACAACCAGCUUUGGUAAAGCUCCUCUUAAUACAGUAAUGUCAUUUACCUCGCUGUGUCUUGCAGAGAUUUGAAGGUUCUCUUAUUCCAUCCUAUCAUUUUUCUAGCUGAUGCUAUAUUUGCUUGGUUAUGCUACUUUAAUGUUAGGUGGUCAGACAUCAUUACUACCAGAUUCUUUACUUGUUGCUUUCCUAUUAUAGGCAGAUUUGAUUAUGUUUGGUAACUUGUAUUUUGUUUAAGGCCUUCAAUUUUACCGUACCCAAGUACAGGGGUACCUCAGUUUAAGAGUUUAAUCCAUUCCUGGAGACAGUUCAUAACCCAAAACUCGUAACCCAAAGCUAAUUUCCCCAUAAGAAAUAAUGGGAAAUGAAUUAAUCCUUUCCUGACUACCCAAAAACCUCACUUCAAACUAAAUUUUAUACCUAAUUCAUCAAAAUCUACACUACAAAACUAUAUUCAAAUUAUUACUUACCAUUGCUGAUGACUGCUCUUGGCGUAUGGAAGAUGGUGAGGAGGGGGAAGAAGAAGAGGUGUUACUGUUUGGAAGGGGAGUUCCCUUCCAUUAUAACCUCAGGCAGUGAAGACCUCUCAGGGGUGCAUUCUCUGCCACAUUUUGCCUGCAUACCACUAGGUCCUGGUUGUGGCUCACUGCUCGAUGUUCUCACAUCUGUCCAUGGAAGAUUGUUUUUCCCUUCCUCACAAGAUGUCUCUGUAGUGAGGCAUCACAUUGUCAUUGAAAAGAUUAAUCCAAUGGCCUACUACAGCUUUCUCUGGGUGAGUCUUUUCAAUAGAAGUUUGCAUCUCUUCCCACAUCUGACAUUACUUCUUAAUAGUUGUGGAAGGGACAUUCACUACUGCCUCAUCCUCCUCCACUGGAGAAACAUCCUCAGCUGGUAAUGAUUGGUUAUUUCCAGACAGAUUUCCUGGUAUAUUAUUAUUGUUUGCUAUUCUCCAUAUAAGACUGGGCAGAUUGAAAUCUAGGAAGUGAAUAUCUGGUAUUUGAUUUGCCAGAUUAUUGAGAUUAUUCUCCAUUUUAUUAAUCUGUUCUGUAAAUUCCUCAACCUUUACAUCUGGAGGUUUGUAUAUGAAUAAUAACUAAGUGUAUUUUCUCUAUUUUUACUCACAGUACCUUAACCAUCUCAUUUGUUUAGUUAAGAAGCUGAGCAUAGAAGGUCCUCUCUAAUAUACAAACCUACUCUUUCAUGUGACCUAUUUACCCUAGCACAUCUAUAUAAAUUAUACUGUAUUUCGGUGUCCAAGUCGUACAGUAAUAAAACCCACCCAUUGCUUCACGAGCCAUUUGAUCUGCUUGAGUCCAGGCCAGGCACAAUUGAAUGGGCACCAGUACUUAAUUAAGUACCUGGUUAUUAAUUGAUUGGCAGGUUGUGUUCAAGAAAAAUUAGUAUAGUAAGGCAUACCAUGAGCUUUGGAAAGGGAAAACUGUCAGCCUGCUAACAGGAGUCAAAAGUCACCUGCUCCUGUACCCACCUGUGUAAAACGUAAAACUAGUAUGGUAAAGCUUACCAUGAGCUAUGGGAAGGGAAAGCUCUCGACCUGCUAACAGGAAUAAGAAGUCAUCUGUUCCUGUACCCACCUGUUUAAAAAAAAGGGGGGGGGAUAAAGGGAGAUGAGGUAAUUGAGAGAAAGAGGGGAAGGGGGAAGAUUUGUAGAGGAGGGAGGAGAGAAGAGGCCCAGGCACUGCCUGGUACCCCCUCUAGUAUCCUAUAUCUUCCAUACAUUUGUUUACCCCCAUGGUGCAACCCGUCCUCAGACCAAGUCCAUUCUAUCAAGCGGUUGACCCCAAAGGCACAUUCAUCAAUUUUAACAUUCUGUUCAUUCAAAACAGAACUUUUCUCAAGUUUAAAUUAAUAUUAUUAUUAUAUAUUAGCAUAUUGUACAUAUGUAGGCACUGGUUAGGUGUUUGGGUUCUGUUGGCUAUUAUUUGUAUUUAUAGUAUGUGGGUGAAGGAUUUACAGCAUUGUGGUUCAAAACAAAAGUCGCCAGCGAAGCACUUUUUUCCAGAAGUUUUCGGAUGUCAUCAGUUGUGAGUCGUGUGUAAACUUCUUGUCAUAUAUAAACGGGGUUUGGCGGGUACAUGGAAUGGACUUUGGGUCUUUGUUUGGAGGAUGGGCUACAUGGCGUGUUCAGUGUUUCUUAUAGAGUGCAGGGUUCUCUGUAGCACAUGAUGCCCUCCAAGAGUUAGGGGGUGUAGAUGAUUAUUCAUCUAUAUGAAACAUUUUAGCCACUAAAACACGGAAGUAAUGUUGCAAUAUGUGAAGCAUACCGAGGUGAUCACUGCCAUGUUAAGCCGAUAGCAAGACUAUGCUACUUUGCAUGUUGUUUAUAGUACAAAAAUAAUUGUUUUGUAAUAAUGGUUACAUGUCUGACUCAAGAAAAUAUUUAUAUGCAAACAGUAAAUAAAUCCAAAUGCACAUUUCAAAAUACUGUAGUUAUAUAUUAAAAAAGGUGCUAGUGAUAGAGAAGAAGCUAGCAUUUCUAUACAAGGGGCAUAUUAGAACCAUUUUGAUACCUAAAUACUUCUAUUUUUUUUUAAUAAAGUUGCAAACAGAUUGCUAUUGUAUAUUCAGACAGACAAUGUGAGGGAGCUUCUCUCAUUACUUGUACAGUACAGUGUUUGUCUCCUAUAGUGCAUCAUUUUUAAUUGAUUCCAAUAUCAUUUAGCUGUCUUCAAGUUAUUCCAUUUGUUACUGAAUACCUUUAUAUAUAUUUUAUUGCUCUUUUGUUUUCCAUAAUUAAUUUAUAUUUUCAUGUGCACUCUUUCUGUUACUUCCCACACAUCCUAUUUCUUCUAGUGUGUAAAUUACACUUUUUCAGCAUAUGGAAUAUUCUUCUUAGUGCAUAAACCAUUGGUUGUUAGCCCUUGCACUAUGCCUUCUAAUGUGUAAAUCAGUGUUUCUCAACCAGGGUUCCACGGAACCUCAAGGUAACGAGAGAUUCCACAAGAGAUAGUGAUAAGUAGGCUAAUUCUAAUCUUAUGCAAAUGUAUUUUUGAGACAUUACUCUUGUUAAAUGAAAAAAUUGAACACAAUAAAGAUAUAAAUCAUCAUCUUUCAGUUGACAGUGAAAUCCAUGUGUGUUUAUCUAAAGUAUGACCUGGAAUUAUUUCAAGAGUACAAUGGUUGUUGUUUAGCCUUUACACUGGUUUCUAGUAGGUAAAUCAUUGUUCUUCAUUACUUACACUAGGGCUGUGCAAACAUUUUUUUAGCUUCUUUUCUUUUUCUCCCAGGUAGUGCAUAUCUUGUCUCACUGAUCAUCAGCUAAUUUGUUCAGCUGUACCUAGAAGUUUCGUACAUGUUAUACAAAGCUUUCACAUUUUUUUUCUGUAUACCUAAAGAAAGUAUUGGGUACAUGAAGUAAUAAAAUGAUGUACAUAAAUUAUAAUCUUGCUUCUACAUAAAUGCUAAUGGCAUGAAACAAGUAUAGUUAACAUGUAUGUUAGCACCAAAAAAAUUAGAGUGCAGUGCCUUUGUUAUAAUUAUUAUUAGCAGCCAGAGGUAAACUUGAUCAGCUCUACCCAUACCUUGCGAUGAUUUCGGGGCUUAGCAUCCCCGCGGCCCGGCCUUUGACCCAUGGCCAUUAUUUGUACAUGUUUUUCUUUGGUAGAUUUUCAUACAGUGUUACUCCCUCUCGGUUAAAGUUUUUGAUGAAACUGCCUCCUAUGAUACUGAUCAUUGUAUCAAUUUUUGGGUUUUGUAUUGCUAUCCUAUAUGAUAUAUGGGAACUCUUGAAUAUUCUGUUCCACAGUGCUCUACAGCCAGCCUGGCUAAGUUUCUUUUAACUUUUUCUUUCUAACUUUCUUUUCGAUACUUAAAAUAUUACUGGAUUUGCAGAGUUUAUUUUAAUUUAUGAGAAUGUUAUCCUUUCUAGUUAAAUGCAUAUAUUAAUUGGUUAUCAAAUAUUAAGUGAUAUAUUUCAUUCUGUGAAUAAUCUAUUAAAAUCAUUUUCGAAUGUCUAGUUCCUUGACAGACAUCUUAAGCCAUAUAUAUGGAGCCCACUCAUCCUUGUGUUCAAACAUCUCUUCAUGUAAUACAGUAUUUGUUUGCUUUAGUGGAGGCACAUCAUUCAUGUAUUUAAAUUGUGUGUUUAAGAUUCAUAUUCUAACCUGUUCUCUCAAAUAGUACAUCACAUUUUGAUGUAAAAAUCCUCAACGUCAACAUAUGAUGUACUAUAAAUCAUAGCAGCUCGCUAAAUUAACAGGCUGUUAAAUUUUUUUAUUCGUGGGUCCAUCGGAUAGGUUUGGUAAGAUAAGGUUCAGGCAAUUUAGUACAGUACAUCGUUUUUGUGACCUUGUGACGACUCGAGAGGACGGGCUGCAUAUGCACUACGUAUGUGAUUGGUCCAUAUGGGUUUCCAAUACUUUUUUUUCCCAUGUGCACCUUGAUUGUAGUACAGUACCUGCAAAUAGGUGUGCAGUUUGAGGGUUAAUGGAUGACAGUUUGUUAUAGAAAUGCUAUGAAAAUUAGCAUAAUUGGGUUUGUUAAGCCGAGUGCAAUAGUUAACUAGUAGGUUACUUGUACAUUUUAGUGUACAAUAAUAUAUUUUUUGUGUAGGCUGUUUGCAUCAGACACAGAGCAGCUCAUAUUAUUGUAUAAAUAUUUAAACGUUUUGACAUAGUUAAUUUGUAUAUUAUGUGGUGUAUGUUAUACACUAUUAUGAGCUCAUUAUUUUAUAAAUAUCAAAGUUUUCAACAUUGGUAAUUGUUUUUAUUAUAUGGUAUCAUAUAUGUUAUAUACUACUGUAUUAUGUAAAUAUUUAUUGUGUCAGCAAUACAAUGGAAAAUAGAUUUGUAAAUCAUGGAUAAUAAUUGUAAAUGUUUUAUGACUUCUAUAUUGCAUAAUUAUGUAAUGUAUGUGCACAAAAGGUGAUUUUAAUUAUUGGUUUUGGAAUGUGUGUGUGUGCACAAGUAUAUUACUAUGUUUUCUAGUCAAAAUGUUAUAUAUAGGAAUGCCUUGUUAAUACAAUAAAGAUUGAUUGCAGG